AAUACGUCCGGGUAGCAGCUCUCUGCUCGCAGAGCGUAGGUAAAAUAACAACCAAAGGAACAGUUUAUUCACUUGUGAACGGUUUCAUCCUUUAAACACACUUUUAAACUAAGGAUGAAUCAGUCUUUGUCCUGGAUGAAUAUUUGAAGGCGCAGUUUUAGAGAAUUUCGGAGAAAUGGAUCCGGGAGGCUCGAAGAAAAUGCGAUCCAGGGAGCUCCCGCCUCUUCCACAGCGAGGCCAGCGAACGCUUCCCACAAUGGUGAGUCAAGACACAGCUGGAGAAAUGCCAGCAACAAAACACAAGAAGAAGAGGGUGAGAAAGGAGACAAAUGAAGUCGAUGAUAUGGACGAUCAGGGGAUGGAGAUGGGAGGCCUGGGCAGCAGGAGGGCCUCUGAGGUCAGAGAGCAACUUUCCCUUGAACCCACAACUGAAUCUGCUCCACAGAGGAGGAAGAAGAAAAAGAAAACUGCCACUAUAGAUCUUGAAGAUGAUCAAGCUGAUCUAGUAAAUGGAGAUACAGCAGAUCAGACGACUGAUGGAGAAGAAGUGGUCAAAAAACCUAAAAAGAAAAAGAAGUCAAAAGUCGUUGAAUCGCAGCUUCCUGAUGAGUUGGAUGUAGAAGAGGAUGAUAUUAUCACUGACACCCCUCCUGCUAUCCCCCAGCAUUCCCUGUUCUCGGCCCCUCAGGGUCAGAGCCAGCCGGUCGGGAAGGUCUUUGUCGAGAGGAACAAGCGUUUCCAGGCAGCGGAGCGCUCAGACUGGAGGAAGACCAGUGACCAGAUGGAUAACCUGACGGACUUCCAGCACAUGCAGCCGCUCUGGACCACCAGAGACGUUUCUAUUAGAGUGCACGCAGGUUUCAGGGUGUUCGGUCUGUACUGUCACGGCUUCCUGGCGGGCUACGCUGUGUGGAACAUCGUGGUGGUUUAUAUGUUGGCCGGGCAGCACCUCACCUCUCUGUCCAACCUGCUGGAGCAGUACCACAGCCUGGCUUACCCCUCGCAGUCCCUGCUCUACAUGCUGCUGGCCAUCAGCACUGUGGCCGCCUUCGACAGAGUGAAUCUGGCCAAAGGUUCCAUGGCUCUGCGGGAGUUCAUCACGCUGGACCCCGUCGCUCUCGCCUCAUUCUUGUAUUUCUCAGCGUUGGUCCUCUGCUUGAGUCAGCAGAUGACCAGCGAUAGAAUCAACCUGUACCCAUCCCUCAACACGACGUUGUGGCCACCAGGGUCAGAGCACCAGAUUCUCCACCCAUGGGUAACAGUCAACCUGGUGGUGGCUCUGCUUGUUGGCCUGGCCUGGAUCUUCAUUGCCACCCAACCUGAGACAGACUAUACUGAGGGUUAUCUGAUGGCCAUGGAGAUUGAGCCGCCCAAACCAGAGGACAAAUCAGAAAUGACCGCCUGAUAAAAAUGGCUGUCUAUCGGCUCUGACACUACAGCUUUGUUGUCAUUUUGCACAUAUUUUUGAGCUGUGUUUUGGCAGUGAACUCUGAAUGUGUUUUACUGUGUAUUAUUUUUGUAUUUUUGAAAUGUGAAUGUGCUCGUUUCUUUUUUAAAUACAGGGUUUUACC